AUGGGGACAAUCGCGGGUACUUGCAGAAGCCUGAUGUUCAGCUUGCAAGCUUUGACGGGCGGGAGCCGACACCGCUUCACGGAGCAGCACCGUUUUUUGGACGCGGCCAAGGCGGGCGACUUCGAGCGAGUGCGACUGAUGCUUGAAGAGAGGCCGGAGCUUGUGAAUUGUCAACCCUGUCAGCGAUGGUCAGCUUUGCAUUAUGCAGCACAUAAGGGCAAUCUGGUGGCCGUACAGUUCCUACUGGAGAAAGGCGCAUCGCUGACACUUCGGACCCGAGAAGGUUUAACUCCAGCAGAGGUGGCUGCGAGCAGUUUGUUUGAAUAUCUCCUCUAUGCCUCUCUGCAGGCCGCUGCUGCAGAAGAGGCAAAGUCCAAGAAAUGCCUUCGUUGUGCCACCGAUGACGAUCUACAGAGCCUCAUCCUGUGGCGCUUCUCUGCCGCGGAGAUCCCACCAGGUUCAGAGGAUGAGCGAUGUUGCCAGAUUUGCUUGGAAGACUUUGCGGAGAAUGAAGAGCUUAGAAAGCUUCCUUGUGGUCAUUCCUUCCACUCCAAGUGUGUGGAUGAGUGGCUCACCGAGAAGAGCUGCUCUUGUCCCAUUUGCCGAGCGGACUGCGCUGACCACGUGGGUCCACCCGAAAGCUAA